AUGGAGGUCAACGUAGGUAACGAUUGGAAAGUGGAAGAUGUGCAAAGCCCAGUGCGUGCGGACAAAGUCAUUUUUCUAGCAUGCAUGGUAACAUGCUGUGUAUUUGGGUUUUUCUUUCACAAGUUUUGCAAUCCCCGUAAAUGCUCACCCACAACCCGACACACUCUCUCGUUCUGUGUCGGUUAUUUGAUCGCCUUCCUCUGUUAUGGAGUACGAAGUGGUCACCUUCUCGCCAUGUCUUCAACCGUCUAUCUCUUGCUACAUAUCUUCUCGCCUAAACGGGCCUUCUGGACAUCUUUCCUAUUUUGUCUCACCUACUCCAGUUGGGCGCACCUAUAUCGCAUGAAGUUCGACUAUGGUGGCUACUCAGCUGAUGUUUCUUUACCCCUGAUGGUUCUGGUCCAACGCCUGACCCUUUUGACAGCAAACCUCCUUGACGGUCAUGAAAUGGUCUCCGAGUCAAAAAGGGAAAGUGACAAUAAAAAAGGCUCCGUUAACUCCAAUGGCCAUCCUUCGAAGGAUUUAAUCAUACCAAGGCUGACGCCAAUUCGAAAGGAGUAUGCCGUAUUGAAAGUGCCAACACCGGUGGAAUUCUUCUCCUAUUGCAUCAACUUUCAGACAGUACUGGCCGGCCCACCGUUGGCCUUCAAGGACUACAAGGUCUACAUUGAAGGCACAGAGGUGGAUGAUAAGCACCUCACUGUUGAACAACGAGCCAAGUUUAUCAAGAACCGUGACACCCUCCUUCAGCCCAUGAAUGAGAUCCUGAAGUACUUCCUACAAGCCGUGGCGUUUCUCCUAGUCUACCUCUGCAUCUGCCAAUUUUUCCGACCAUCCUUCUACUUAAGUGAAGCGUUUGGAAAGUUUGAAUUUUUCCACAAAUGCUUCUACCUCAUGUUCACGGGUUUCACUAUGCGCCAACACUACUACUUCGCGUGGUCUGUUUGUGCACUCAGUUGCCUGGCGGCUGGUUUUGGGUUUCAUGGAUUUGACAAGAAUGGAAAGCCCGAUUACUCGCUGGUAAAAAGCUUCAACUUCAUGGAGGCGGAGUUCCCGCGGAGUAUAAAGGAGCUGAUGGAUAAUUGGAACCUGCAGACGUUGAGGUGGCUACGGAUCACCAUAUUCGAUCGAACGCCAAAGAGUAUUGCGGUGUUUGCGGUGUUUUUUGUUUCUGUUCUGUGGCAUGGGUUCUAUCCCGGAUACUACCUCUUCUUUGUGUCGAUGGCUUGGUUUUCAGUGAUUGGUCGAAUGAUAAGGAAGCGCCUCCGACCCCGUAUUCUUGAGUGGCUACCUGACACUAAGUGGGUUUGGACACCCGGUGGUCAACGCGAGGGCACGUCACGCGCCUAUGACCUCAUUACCCGUAUAGUGACUUACUUUCUGGUCAAUUAUACGGCACUCGCUUUUGUCAUCCUCUCCUUUCGUGACAGCAUCGUUGCGUGGUCGGUUGGGACACCUGAGAGUCGAUGCGACCGCACGUCGAGCACCGAUAAAUUAAUCAGUAGUAUGGUGAAUGAAGUGCUGAUCGGUUUUGCGGCUUCCAACUUGGUAGACCUAUUCUUCCGUGGUGGUAUCAAUGCAUGGACCACUUUGAUAGAACCACUUACCAUCAAUGAAUGCGCAUCUAUGACACCCGAUGUCGGGUGUGAUACUGCCAGCGUAGGAAGGAGUGUCAUUCGUGAAGUGUGCGUGGUAGCGAAGCCAGUAAAUCCCUCCUCUGAUCCUCGGGGUGGAGUAGGCGCUCAUGUCCAUUCCGGCGCGAAGUGUUCCACUCGUUGCAACAACUGUCAAUGGACUGGUCAAAUUGGCGACUGGGUGAACGGCGACAGCGUCGUAAUGCAUGCAGCUCUUAAAGGACGGGGUUUUGAAGCAGAGGCAAAUGUGGUCGCUCCGUGGAGGCGCUAUUCAAUGAAGUCGCAAAUGCACUCGUCAUUACACCCUGAACAGUUAAUUGAAGGACCGACUUGGCGCCUCCGAAUCAUUGCAGUACGUCAACAUCUCAACACAUCCUCCACGCCGAAUUGUGAGGUGAAAGUAACACCCAUGACAAGGUGUGUUUGGUUCAAGCACUGCCAACUGAUUACACCACCGCGUACUACCCCAACCAAUCGGGUGUCGAGAUCGACUGCUGCCUUCGCUACAGGUGGGUUAAGGCCUCUGCAUUGUCACCCACACCUGCGAAAACAAGAGGGUACCUGCACUCGAGAGAACGGAAUGAGCGGUUUCUUCAACAAAAUUCGUAGCGUUUGGCGGCGCCUACACCCGCAUAUUCUCCAGUUUCUACAAUCCUCCACGAGGGGUUUUACAGCCAAACAACAUUGCGGCAACAAUUCAUUCCUUCGUGACACCGCUAUUAGGAUAGUGGUGUCUCUCCUGGAACAUGUCGAGGUGAAUGUCAUAAGACGUCUCCACAUCCCCUUGUGGCUGUAUAUUUUAGGCGCAGGGAUCAUUAGUGUCCUAGCAAUUCUACUCCUGCUUGCUACUCUGGAGCCAACCCCCAACGAAUAA